UCAGAUUCGUAUAUAAAUGAAGUAGGCUGCGACUGUCUCCCUUUUAUAACCUCAAAAAUGCGCGAGAACUAUCACACUCUGAUGGCGAUUUGAGCUUAUUUUAUUAUUUAAUUGGUGUUAAAGUGAACGGAUUAUCGCCAUGCCAUCAAAGAAAAGGAAAUACAAUGCAAGGUUCCCUGCGGGGCGAAUUAAGAAGAUUAUGCAGACAGACGAGGAAGUGGGGAAAGUAGCCCAGGCCGUGCCAAUUAUAAUACCUCGCACCCUCGAGCUAUUUGUGGAGUCACUACUCACGAAGGCGAAACAAGUGACCAUGGCGCGGAACGCGAAGACGCUCAGCCCGUCGCACGUGAAGCAGUGCAUCUUGGCAGAGUCCAGGUUCGACUUUCUCAGGGAUUUGGUAAAAAAUAUUCCAGACGUGUCGGCAGCGGAAGAGAAGGAGAUGGUUAGUGCCGAAAGUUCGCCUAACUCAUCAAGGUUUUCAGAUAUGACAGUCCCACCUCGUAGGAUAGUUAGAGAAGAUUCAAGUAGCUCUAGUGGUUCCGACUUCAAAGUCCAACAAAUCCAGUCCCAAAGGGAGACGAUUCGAGCACUGUCAUCGGAAACGGAACUCCCAAACCGAACGCCAAAGACAGAACCGCCCACAGCAACUGUGGUGUCCUCAGAAGCUGCUAUAGACCUAACCAAGAAGACAGACGAAAAACCAGUUAGGACCGCGAAUUUCUACCAAGAAACCCUAUUGAUAGAUGAAGUGCAGCACAAGAGUGUGAUCACAGCCAACCCGACGUACAUCCCGCAACCUUCAACGAGUUACAACUUAACCCCCCUACAACCAGUUCCAAGAAUAGAGGUGGCUGUACCAAAGCAACAACCUAUGUUCUAUGUAGACUUACAGCACAAUAAUAAUCACCCGGAGCCCGCGCCCAGAACGCCCGUCACUCCGAUAUUAAAUAUAGACUUUUCAAAAAACAUCGCCAAGCCAGAAAUAAAGGUUUUGGACACAGCGGUGGCUAAAAUAGUGGGGGUCUCAAAGCCAGAAGUUCAUAAGAAUUCAAUGAAACACUUACCGAGACAGAAUUCGAAGCCUAAGGAAAUAAAGAAGGUAGAAAUCAAGCCAGUUACGCAAACACCCAUAAAUAUAGACCAUUUAAAUUCUGGCAACUUACAAAUAGACGAAGAUUACGACACUUGACUUUGUCCGUUGUUGUUUGUUUGUUUUUGUGUUUCGUAUUUAGAUGUUUGUGAGGGACCGUUAUUGAAAGCAAUGAACUGUUUUGUGUUGUUUUAGUGCAUCAGUGUUACUGUAGACUGUAGAGUAUAUUGAGAUGUUUCACGCGAGAGUUAAUUGUAAAUCUUUGAACAAAAUGUUAUGAAUGAAACUAUUGAUUAAGUAAACGCUAUUACACUGUUAAGAUUGUAGUAAAGAAUAUUCUCACGACUGUAAUCCCUGAUAGGGUAGUCAGAGUCAUUUGUCAACUAUUAUCGUUGUGGUGAACGUAUCAUUCGACAUGCGAACUGUCCAUCGCCGUCUUCUGAUUGGGUGGUUUGUUAAUAGUGUUUUCUACCAUUUAAAGGUUAAUCCGAUGCUUUUAAAUGACACCCAGAAGUCAUUUGUAUCAACCACAAAUAGACUCGUGACUUUUGUCUGUAAAUUGAGAUACCCUUAAACCACGACGCUUUCUUAAACUCUAGUUAUAUAUUAUUAUUACUUAUUUAUUUACUUACAAUUACAAUCGUAAUGUAUUAAUCUUUUAGAAAAUUCCGCCAUUUGCAGUAAUAUAGCUAUUAUAUAUAUAUAUAUAUAUAUAUAUAUAUAUAUAUAUAUAUAUAUAUAUAUAUAUAUAUAUAUACAGGGUGAGAUUGAUACGAAUAGUAAUAUGUAUUUAAAAAUAUUAAAUAUAUAACAAUCAAACAUAUGUUUGUGAAUAUUUUUUUGUUUACUGACAUGUACUGACAGAAUAAUUUGAGAAUUAUUUAAUAUAUAAUGAAAAUUUUGUCAUUUUUAUAAAAAUAUAACGAGCCUGGUUGGUUGAUUAAAAUUAUUAUGUUUUAUUCUGCAACUGGCAACACUCGAAGAUUGAUUACUACUAUGCAAACUUUUCAGGCCAAUUAAUAGACCUAUAUAUAUUUGCAAUUAUGGCACCGUUCGGUUAACAUUAAUCUGCGAACAGCGAUCUAUUAAUUUGCCUGAAAGAACCUCGUUUAGAGAUGCAGCACGUAUCGCAAAACGUGCGUGGGCGAAAUAGAGGUCGGAGAUUGAUGACUAAUACGGGAGGUUCUAGAACUUUUAGUAACCAUAAUAGUAAUUAAUCUUCCGAAUGUUGGCAGUGGUACGCAUACUAAUGGUAGCGGAAUUAAACAAAAUAAUUCUAAUCAACAAUCCAGUGAUGUAGACUUCGCAAAAUACCACCUAGUUCAUUAAAAUAUAAAGAGACAUCUGUUAUGUAAUUUUAGUAGUAUAAUAUUUUAAAUAGCGCUUAUGACUUGAUCGUUUGCUACGUCGUAUAACUGUUAUUUAGUGAUUUCAUUUCUAUAAUCAAUGUCAAACUAAUUGGCAUUGACGUUCCACCAUCUUUAAUUCGGUUUUGUGUUGCAAAUGUUGAAUACGAAAUUAAUUUUGUUUCAUAAAAACCGUGCAGAAUUGUAAAAAAAAGUUACGUAACGCCUUAUUUGAAUUCUCCUUCCGCCCCUGCACGCAUAAUUAAACCCUAACGGAUCGUAACGUUUUACAACUCCUUUCACCCCCUUUCUUUCAUAUGAGAAUUGUAAUACAAAUUGAAGAGAUAAACACUACUAUAGUUAAAGUAAGGUUAUGACACGUUUUGUGAACAAGGAUAGGUAUAUCUUUCUAUCUCACCCUGUAUUCAAUUUUGAUCUGGUGCUUAGGCUAGUCUAUCUUGACUUUUCAUUUUGCGUAGUAUUUGCCAUGUAUUAGUUUAAUUUGAAUAUUCAAUACCAUCUACUUGUUUUUUUUUUUUUAUGAUGGAACUCGGACUCCUUAGCUAGGAACCUAAUCUAUGUUUCUUACUGCAUUAUGACCAAACAAAAAAAAAAAAAAUAGAGCCACACUUUGUGUUAUAAUCGGAUAUAAUUUAGUAAACAGACUUUAACCCACAAAAUUGUCAAAAUUGAGACAAAACGUUGUAGAUACGAACUUACGUCAUUUAAUACACUAUCUCAUUUUAGUUUUAUGGGAGAAUUUUUUUUCUACUAAAUUGCUUCCGAUUUAAUAAACAUUUUUAGAAAAAAAAAGUAUUGGAUAGAUAAACCAAAAUCAUUGUCUAUAUAGACAGAAGAAUGUUAAUUUAAUGAAAACAUUGUUAAAUAAUAAUUUGAAAUUGUAAAUUGUUUUAAAAAUAUAUAUGAAAAUGUAUUAAAUAUUUGAAAUUGUAUUAAAUAAACAAUUACUAUUCAUUUCACAAUUUAUUACAUAUUCGUUAUAUAUUUAUGUGUGUGUGUGUGUUUACGUUAGACAUGCUCCUAUUGUCUGUGGUCGUUGAAUAAUAGAUAAUUAUCUUUACCUGAUAAGCUUUUAUGUUUCGCUUAAUCUGCUGUUUAAAUUUUUUCAAAUUAAAUAUUUAAGAUAUCACUUUUUGAAGCUGUAAAAAAGUCACUUGUAUGUGUGAUUUUUGAAUGGAUACGAACAUCACAUUUAAUAUUAAAAAUUAUGUAAACAAACAUUUCUGUAUGUUACCGAAUAAAAUAAGGUUAGUCAGGAGAACGAUUCUAGAUUGUCUGUCUCUAAAGUAUCUUCCUUAGUUUUAGAGAUUCAGUAACACAUUCGUUCUAAAAUUAGUCAAUUUUAGAGUUACUUUAGAGCAGGACUUUCUAAAAUUGCCCUCCAACCCACUAAGUUACUAUACAUGUACAUAGUAGUUUCUCUAUCAUAGGUAAGUAGUUUUAAAAUGGUUGAUAUACAUCUGUGGAUUGUAAUGUAUUUAGAUGUUUAAUGAAGAAUGAAAUAGUCUGAUGCACUGACUUUGCAAUGCGUAUAUUACACUAUGAAAUAUAUAUAUAUUAUCAUAUAUUGUACAAGCUGCGACCGGCUUUCUCUAACAACUCUAAAAACUUAAACGUUCCAAUUUGAUUAUCAUAUCGAAAUCUUUAUCAUAAGAUCGAUAGUACGCACAAAUUUUAUAAUGGAUCCCAUUUUUCAUAAUAAUAUUAAAACUUCCUUAUUGCACAAUAAAACCAUUAAAAUGAGAAUAUUAACACGUUCACGCCGGGGCCGAUUAUAAUUUGUUUUGCUAUUAGGCGGCGUUCAAAUUAAUAUCGCGUUUCAUCUGGCGGCGCGUGAUUAUUGCCUGUUCAGACCUGAAUACGCGUUGUUUGUUUCUCUGCAGUACAGCCAGCACUUUGCUUGAAUUGUUUUAACAAAUUACACAAAAAAACAAUAAAUAAUGAAGUUAUAAAUAAAACAAUAUUAAAUUUUUGGUAUUUAAACCGUAUUUGAUUUUUUUGUAUAAUACUCUAUUUUUAUGUUUAUGUUAUUGAACAAAAAUUAUGUUUCUGAUACAUUAUUGAUUAUAAUUAUCAUUAAAAUUAAAUGUUUAGUGCGGGUCACCGGUGACCCACGCCGCCUGAUAAGACGGUUUAGUGCGGGUCACCGGUGGCCCACGCCGCCUGAUAAGACGGUUUAGUGCGGGUCACCGGUGGCCCACGCCGCCCGAUAAGACGGUUUAGUGCGGGUCACCGGUGGCCCACGCCGCCCGAUAAGACGGUUUAGUGCGGGUCACCGGUGGCCCGCGCCGGCGUGAACGUGUUAAAAAAAUAAAUGCUUUACAAAAGGAUGUCUUAUUGCUAAAUCUCUUAAUCUUAUAAUAGAUUGAACAAUCUAAUUUCGAUUGUUUAAACUAAAUAGUUUCUAAACAGAAGUGUUUGUUUAGGGAAAAUCUUUUUUGGAAUUCAAAUUAAUUGUUCCACUUUUAAUAUAAAUUAAAAAAAAAAUACAAUAUCUUGUAUAACUUGACAAUACUCUAGGGCAAACAAUAUUUGCUUAUCCCUGCAUUUAUGACUUAACCAUAUGAUCAUAUAUAUAUGACAGUGUAGUAUUUAAGCAACGAGAGUCGAGGCGAACUAAGUAAUCGUAAGUUUAUUAUAUCGUUAAAUGUUAAUGUUAGAUAUGUUUGCACUGGUUUCUUAUUAAAUUCAUAAAAAAAAAAAGAAAUUAUAUUCAACUUAGGAUGUGUUAUGUAUUAUUAGAAUGGUAUGUAAAACACAAAGUAUCCUAAUAUGAGAACCAGAUAUUCAGUGUUAUAUUGCAGCUAACAAAAAAUAAAUUCGAUUUCAAUAUUGUCUUCUUUGUGGCAUGAGAGGGAGAGGAGAAAGGGGGCAAAACACAAGAAACCCGUUAUAACUAUAAAAGAAUAAGGCAAAACUUUUUACACUAUAGGAGACAUUCCGGAAGAUAUCGAGUCUUAUAAAGACCAUGUCUGUUUAAAUCAAUUAAGGCCCUCUAGAUAGGUGGCAAGGGACAUCACUAGCGAAUCCGUGAGAUAGAAUGAGAUAGCAAUGUCGGAUGUCUUAUUCAAACUCAUGGACUCAUUAGUGAUGUCAAUUCCAUCGACGUAUUCCUUUGUCACUUGUCUAGAGUGCAAGGAAUAAUAUAGUAUUAAAGAAUUUUAUUUGUAUGACAUUCAUUUUAAAUAAUCACUUUUUAAAUGUGAAGAUUAGAUAGCCGGGCUAGUUCUGAGAUACCAUUUUUCUAUACUUAUCUCUUACUAAAUCGUAAUAUUUUAAUUUGGUAAUUUUGCGAAUUCACUAUUUUACGGAUCAUUUUGACUUCUAAGAUUGCUCUGUCAGCAAUAAGACCGCCUUAUUACAGUUAUACAACUGUAUCGUUUUGUAAUGCAAAUAAAGUAUACUCACUCACUCAUUCUGUUAUAAAAUUUGUUAAUAUUUAUCCUUACAACAAAGAUGUCGCUGUGAUACCGAAUCGUAAUUUUAUUUUAGAGAUAGGAUCAGAGAAAUGGUGCUCCAGAAUCGACCCCAUUAUUAUAAAAGCAUACCAUUAAACUAUGAUCCCUUUUAUGGGAAAAAUGCUAUUACUCCAUUAUAGACUUACUGGUGAUUAACGUUAAUACUAGAAUUAAAAAAUAAAUUUGACAUAUAUAUUAUAGUUGAAGUUGAUAUUGUUGAUUGUGUAAUAUAUUUACUAUUGUUAUUCAAUACUUCUAAUAUUCAAUUUAAUGCUUUUUGUAAGAUCAUAUAUAAUUUCAGACGCAAUAUACAUUGUUUUUUGAAUAAAUGACUAAUGUUGUACACACCAUGUGUCCCGAAAAUAUCACAAUAUUCGUGAUGAAGCUGUGUUAAUCACCAGAACAUGUAGUAUGUAAGAAAUAUCAAUUGAUUCGCCUCAACUCCCUCUAGAAGACCUGUACCUAAUUACAUUGGCCAGACAUGAGCAAAUUUGCAGAAGUACAUUAUUAGCUGUCAUUUUAUCGCCUUGGAAUUAAGGUUUCGCGCCAAAUUCACUCAUUCUGGAUAAAGUCACGUGCAAUGUGUAAUAAAAUUAUUUUCUACCGCAAACAACACAUUAUACUAGUUACAAUUUAUUAUAUUAGAUUAUAUAGAUAGAGCAUCGAGUGUUAAAAACGUGGUAAUAUUUGCCAGCGAAAUUGGCCGAGACUCAAUUUGUCACAUAUUUUUUUAAAUCAAUACAUGCCAGUUAUUCAGUUGCAAGUAAUUAGAUUAAAAAUUUCCCCAAGUCUAUUUUUGUAAUUUAAACUGGGAACUAUUUCUUUUCAUAUUAUAUAAUAAUAACUAUAUUUGCAUUGGUAACACAUUAAUAUACAUGUAUUAUUCAAAUUAUGACCAUUUUUAAUCAAAUUUUGCAUCAAUUUUUCAAUUCAUUUUAAUUUUAUAACAUAAUUUCUCCUAUAUAGUAAGUAGUAAAUGUACAAUAUGGCAACUCUGUUCACGCAAAAUGGAUAAAACAGUUGAUGUGUUAUUAAUGAUGCGUUUUGUAAGGAAACACUCUAUCUAUAUAAUCUAACCCCUUAUUCAUAAAAACUGAAACGUCUUACAAACAUAUUUUUACUGUUGCAGUUUUUCAAAAUGAGAAAUUAGUGUAAAAGAAAAGGGCAAAACACUUUAAAGGCUAAAACAGGUUUAUGUGAGACAGAGAGGUUCGAUGUUUUUAUGAAUAAGGGGCUAAAUCUAGAAUACGUGAGCGGUGAGCCGUGUAUUCCUAUAUGUGCGGUUAAAUGUGUAGUGUUUAUGUAUAAAUAUUUAAUGUUAGUGAUGGUACAAAGUUGUUUUGAGUGAUUGUGCGAGUUCACAUUUUGUAUUCAACAAAAACAUUGAAAAGAG